UAUAUGUGGAGUUCUGUGCAGCGGAUCGAUGGAUGCCAACGGACCCGGCCUGGCAACACAGCCGCGUUGGUGGCCCGGGACGGCGAUCGAUCGGAUCAUUGGGAUGCGCCGAACCGGCGCUGCGUGGGGCCAGAGCGCGCUGGAAGGAUGCACGGGCAAAUCGGCGAGCGUCUCUGUCAGCGCUGUUGGCGUGCGAGUGUGAGUGUUGUGCUGCGGGUUGGGCUAAUAAUAGCACGGCCGUUUGCGCUGGGAUCCUGCGUGCCGCGGCUGCAUAUGCCACUGGUAUAUCGCAUCCGCGCCGUGAAGUGCCGUGUGUGUAGACUGUAGAGUACACUUGUCGGGUAUCUUCCCUUUCGGGGCUUCCGCUUACUUUUCACCUGACCGAUAGUUGCCAAUAACUGCCUCUAAUAGCUCUUCCUCACUGCGAUCAACUUGGUCGUUUAAAAGACAGCCAAAGUUGACAUCUGCCUUUCGCUCCUUGCUCACCGUUCAGAAGCCCAUCAGUUACCAUUACACACGAAAAUUAUUAUCUUGUACAGAUUAAUCAGUUAAUCGGCAGCGCAAUGGCUCCAUAAUUUAAUAACACGGGAUGAUUAUUUAUGCGUGGAGCGGAUUUGCGCAAGUGUCACUGUUAAACGACACCGGUGUCGCCUUCAAGCAGCGAAGAAAAACAGUCUCCUUGUUGUCCUCUUCUCCCGUCGUGCCUGUGAGCGUGCACGCAGGCCCACGCAGCACACUUAACUGGCUGGCAAUUGAGUCCGCGGAGAUAAUCAAUCGAUCAAGUGGCAGAAGGAGCGCACACAGCGUUGCCGAGCCGGCACAUCUGCACAGUACACUGCAUAAUCAUCUGCGCCCCGCUUAAUCCCGACUUGAUCCCUCCGCGCGCGCGGCGUCGUCCGCACCCAACCCACGUCUUCCUUUCCUCUUAUCGCGCCACUCUAUCAGCCUGACAAUGGCGCCAUAUGCGGCGGAAGGAGUAUAAGGGACGCGCGGCAUACUAAUGGAUCUCCGCGUCGUCCUGUGCGCCCUCUUCUUCUCCCUCGUCGAUUUCAGUCCCGGGCCGACCGUCGCCGCGCAGGAAGUCCCGCCCGAGCCGCCGCUGCGUAUCCGCAUCGGGGCGCUGCUGGACAGCGAGGAGCACCGGCGUUUCUUCCUGCGCAGUUUAACCGAGGCGGCCGGCACCUGGCAGCCGCCGCUGCGGACGCUGGAGGGCCGGCGCAUUUUGCUCAACGCUACUGCUGGCCUCGUCCACAGCAAUCCCAUCGCCACAGCCCUCCAGGUCUGCGAGCGGCUAAUGGGCGAAGGCGAGGGUGACCGGCUGCACGCUCUUCUCAUACUGGAGCCGGCGGGGACGACGGUGACCGGCCCGGCGCCGGACCAGUUUCAGUUGGCGGCGGCCGCCGUCUCCUACACCAUGGGCUUCUAUCGCAUCCCGAUCAUCGGGCUGGCCAACCGCGACAGUGCCUUCUCCGACAAGAACAUCCAUCGCAGCUUUUUGCGGACGGUGCCGGCGUACUUCCAGCAAGCAGACGUAUGGGUGAAGCUGGUCGUUGAAUUGGGUUGGAAGAAUGUAAUGGUGCUCAGCAGCAGCAGUCCCAACGGGCGGAUGCUGCUGGCGCGCCUGCAGAGUCAGAUGGAGAAAGAGGACAAGGACAUUGCGAUUGAACGCGUCGUGGAGUUUGAAGCCGGCGGCGGCAAUCUGUCGCGCGAGAUGCGCCCAAUUGUAGAGGCCCAGAGCCGCGUCUUCCUGGUGUACGCUGACCGGGCCGAGAGCGAUCUGCUCUUCCAACAAGCUCAACUACUUGGGCUGACCGGUGCCGGUCACGUCUGGAUCGUCACCGAGCAGGCUCUCAGCUCCCCGUACUGCCCCCUCGGCGCGCUGGGCCUCACGCUGCAGUUCAGCCGCAACACGCAGGCGCACAUCACCGACGCCGUUCACCUCCUGCUGCAUGCCCUGACCGCUGCCUACGCUGAGAAGACGCUGGCGCCGGCGCCCACUUCCUGCUCCGAUACCGCCGUGCCUUGGACCGAUGGGCCCUUCUUCUGGCAGACCCUCCUAAAGCAGGAGCUGAUACGCGGCGCCACCGGCCAUGUGGCGCUGGACGACGUCGGGGACCGGCGCAGCGCCGACUACCAGGUGGUGAAUAUUCAGAGCGGCCGCCAGCCGGUGGUGGUUGGGCACGCCCAGACACUGCCGGUCAACGACGUCCGUCUGACGCUGGACCGCCGGAAGAUCCUGUGGCCGGGGGAGACGCGGGAGGUCCCCAAGGGACUCAUCGUCCCCAACCACUUAAAGGUGUUGACUCUACGGGAGGCGCCCUUCACCACGGUGGAAGCCGGCUGGAUGGAGGGCGGUCUCCUCAACACCAGCUGGUGCGCGGAACGCUUCCACGGCCUCGUCGGUUAUUCCAACCGCUCCCUUAACGCCACCACCGAAUCGGUGACCGAGCGCAUGCGGAUUGCCGGGAAAGAGUAUUUCGCCUACUGCUGCUGGGGUUACAGCAUGGAUCUCCUGCAGAAGCUCGCCGGCGAGCUCAACUUCACGUAUGACCUCUUCAUUUCGACGCACACACCCUACAUUGCCGCAGACACCAAAGGCAGGUACACCGCCGCCUCGACGGCGGCCAACAUCAUUCUGGGCCGGAAUGUGUCGCUGCCGAUGGGGAGCGCGACCGCGACCCCGGCUGCCGGUGAUCCGCCGCUGUCCGGCAUCCUCCGCGACCUGAUAGAGGAGGCCGGUGACAUGGCGGUGGCGGCGCUGACCAUCACGCCGGAGCACGCCAAGUUCGUGGAGUUCUCCAAGCCCUUCAAGUACCUGGGCAUCACCAUCCUGGAGAAAAAGCCACCGUCCUCCUCGACGCUCAACUCCUUCUUCCAGCCUUUCCAGGAGGAUUUGUGGGUGCUGGUGAUGGUCUCCCUGCACGUGGUGGCCGUGUCGCUGUACCUGCUGGACAGGUUCAGCCCUUUCUCGCGCUACCGCCUGACGGAGGACGGGGAGACGGAGGACGACGCGCUCAAUCUCAGCAGCGCCAUGUGGUUCGCCUGGGGCGUCUUGCUUAACAGCGGCAUCGGCGAGGGCACGCCACGCAGCUUCGGCGGACGCGUGCUGGGCAUGGUGUGGGCCGGCUUCGCCAUGAUCAUGGUCGCAUCAUAUACCGCCAAUUUGGCGGCGUUUUUGGUGUUGGACCGCCCGCAGUCCGUUCUCAGCGGCAUCAACGAUGCGCGGCUGCGCAAUCCGACGGAAAAUUACGUCUUCGCGACGGUCCGCGGCAGCGCUGUGGACCAGUACUUCCGGCGGCAGGUGGAGCUGGCCACCAUGUACCGCAUCAUGGAGAAGCACAACUAUGACAGCGCCGAACUGGCCGUGCAGGCGGUGCGCAAUGGGACACUGAAGGCCUUCAUCUUCGACUCGGCCCGCCUGGAGUUCGAGGCGGCCAACGACAGCACCUGCGAGCUGGUCACCACCGGUGAACUCUUCGGACGAUCCGGCUACGGCGUGGCACUGCGGAAGAACAGUCCCUGGACGGCAAAGGUCACGCUGACCAUCCUCGGCUUUCAUGAAACCGGGUACAUGGAGAGCCUGGACAACAAGUACAUCUACAUGCGCAACGAGACCAAAUGCGUGGCCGACCAGAACGCGCCGGCCACGCUGGGCCUGGAGAACAUGAAAGGUGUCUUCAUCCUGGUGGGUAUGGGCAUCGGCGGCGGUGUCAUCCUCAUCAUCAUCGAGAUCAGCUACAAACGCCAACAAGUGCGCCAGCAGCGCAAGGCCCGGUUGGCGCGAAUGGCCUUCGACCGUUGGCGGCGCUUCGUCGAGCGGAAGCGGAAAAGCCGGCAGCGCGGCAUCCUCAACCGCGCCAACACCAGCAUCGGCCGGUUCACGGUGCCGCUGGCCAGCAGCGACACGGACCCCGGCCUCCUCAAGGAACUGGCCGACCGGCCGCUGUCGCAUCCCUCGCCCAAACGGAUGAUCCGCGGACACACCGUGUCGGCUGCGCUCUAACCUAACAGACCGACGCCGAAUGAUACCGCCCACUCCGUCCGAUUCCAACCUGAAUUUGUCUCCUCCCACAUGUUUUCCUUUACAACGAAGACAUCAACAGCACUCCGGUGGCCGAUCGACGUGGUCCGAAGAUAAGCUAAAAGGUCACCGAUGCCGGUCGUCAAUUGUCCUGCACGGUUUACCUUUUAACGGGUUUUCUACUGAUUAUGACCGCCUUGACACGGAGCGUGUCGCGCUACCUGUACUUCCAGAUUGCCUGACUUCCUCAAAUCUUUCACUUGUGAUAAUAACGGUUCACGUUUGUAUCUCGCUAGAAUGCGCCGUCAUCGUUUAACGGAGUUUUGUUCUUCUUCUCGCUAACCUUUCUAUUCUUUUUUCAUUAGUGAUACUGGUUUUAUCAGUGUGGUUGUACAAUUCAUGAUAAACCUAUGUGCUUUGCGCUGUCUACUGACGCACCCGAAAUGAUCGAUCACUUUUAUUGACUAUAAAAAUUGUUUCC